AUCAUCAUCAUCAUCAUAUCAAUGAUAAUACUCAUUCAGAACUGAGUUUUCAUCAUUAUAACUUUGGUUAUUCUUGGAAUGAGUUUAUUUCAAUAUAAUGAUUAAGGUUCAGAUUUUGAUUAGUUAAUUGGUGUUUCUAAUAGUUGAACUUAUUCAACUUUUCAGUUUUAAGGAUUCAAUGUAAUCCCUUAAACUUUUGACAGUUUAUCAUUUAUGACAAUCAGUUAAUCAUUAUCAUCAUCGUUAUAAUUGUUGAUUUAAAUUGUUACAAACUCAUUUAAUUAAAUGGCUUUAAUUAAAUCUUGUUGUGGUUUCUCCCUGAGGAAAGGUAGUUUUUUAACUGCUUCUUAUACUUUGAUACUUUAUACUAUUGUGGUUAUGAUCAGUGCCUUACAUUUUGAACUGGUUGUUCAAACUCCAGGUCUCCUUAUAAUCACAAUACUUAUGAUUAUUAUGUCCGGAUUUUGUGUUGUCUCAUCAGUAUUGUUAAUCAUAGGUUUAUGUGUGGUAAGUAUUGAACAAUUUAACUAUUAAUUAAUCAGUAAUUAAGCUAAUCAAUUACACAUUAA